AAAAAGGGAUCGAAACAAAAAAAAACAAUGGAGAAGGUGUGGAGUGUGGCGGAGGCAGAGACCACGUGCACUCUCUUCUCUUCUUCUUCUUCUUCGUUUUCAUCUUCCUCUCUUCAUCUGCCAUUAUUAACUCUCUUGACCCCACCUUCCUUCUCCUCUUCUAACUCCAACCUACCCUCUCUCCCAUUCUCUUCCCUCCUUCUCUUUAAACCCUUCUCUCUCUCUCUCUCUCUCUCUCUCUCUUUCUCUCUCAUUCUCUCUCUCUCUCUCUCUCUCUCUCUCUUUUGGUUAUUGUUUAGGUAAAGGCCCCAAAAUUGUGGCGUUCUGUCUGAGAUGGUCUUUUGACUCUUCUCUACCCAUACAAAGAUAUAUCAGAAGCUUAAAAGACAGUAACAAUGGCUGGCUCGGUUAACGGGUACCAGAGUGCUGUAGGACCUGGUAUUAAUUAUGAGACGGUGUCUCAAGUCGAUGAGUUCUGUAAAGCACUUGGAGGGAAAAGGCCGAUCCAUAGUAUUUUGAUCGCUAACAAUGGGAUGGCAGCUGUGAAGUUUAUACGUAGUGUCAGAACAUGGGCUUACGAAACAUUUGGCACUGAAAAAGCCAUAUUAUUGGUGGGGAUGGCAACCCCUGAAGACAUGCGGAUCAACGCAGAGCAUAUCAGAAUUGCUGAUCAAUUUGUGGAGGUUCCGGGAGGAACCAACAAUAACAAUUAUGCUAACGUUCAGCUUAUUGUAGAGAUGGCUGAAGUAACACGCGUGGAUGCAGUUUGGCCUGGUUGGGGUCAUGCAUCUGAGAACCCUGAAUUACCUGAUGCCCUAGAUGCCAAGGGAAUUAUAUUUCUUGGUCCCCCAGCAGCUUCAAUGGGAGCGCUAGGAGAUAAGAUUGGUUCUUCGUUAAUUGCACAAGCUGCUGAUGUACCCACUCUGCCAUGGAGUGGUUCCCAUGUUAAAAUACCUCCUAAUAGCAACUUGGUAACCAUCCCCGAGGAGAUCUAUCGGCAAGCAUGUGUCUACACAACUGAAGAAGCGAUUGCUAGCUGUCAAGUUGUCGGUUACCCAGCGAUGAUCAAAGCUUCAUGGGGUGGUGGCGGAAAAGGCAUUAGGAAGGUUCAUAAUGCUGAUGAAGUUAGGGCUCUGUUCAAGCAAGUUCAGGGUGAGGUCCCGGGGUCACCAAUAUUUAUAAUGAAGGUUGCGUCACAGAGCCGGCAUUUAGAGGUCCAGCUGCUCUGUGACAAGUAUGGAAAUGUUUCAGCUCUGCAUAGCCGCGAUUGUAGUGUCCAGAGAAGACAUCAAAAGAUCAUCGAGGAGGGUCCAAUUACUGUGGCUCCUCCAGAAACUGUCAAAAAACUUGAGCAGGCAGCUAGAAGGUUGGCUAAGAGUGUUAACUAUGUUGGAGCUGCUACUGUUGAGUAUCUCUACAGUAUGGACACUGGGGAGUACUACUUCUUAGAGCUUAACCCUCGCUUACAGGUUGAGCACCCUGUAACUGAGUGGAUUGCUGAGAUAAAUCUUCCUGCUGCCCAAGUUGCUGUGGGGAUGGGAAUUCCUCUCUGGCAAAUCCCUGAGAUAAGACGGUUCUAUGGUAUAGAACAUGGUGGAGGUUAUGAUUCUUGGAGAAAAACAUCUGUCGUAGCCUCCCCUUUUGAUUUUGAUAAAGCUGAAUCUAUAAGGCCAAAAGGUCAUUGUGUGGCUGUACGUGUGACAAGCGAGGAUCCUGAUGACGGGUUCAAACCAACCAGCGGUAGAGUACAGGAAUUGAGUUUUAAGAGCAAGCCAAAUGUAUGGGCGUACUUCUCUGUAAAGUCCGGUGGAGGCAUCCACGAGUUCUCAGAUUCUCAGUUUGGACAUGUUUUCGCAUUUGGGGAAUCCAGAGCUCUGGCAAUAGCGAAUAUGGUUCUUGGGCUAAAAGAAAUUCAAAUCCGUGGAGAAAUUAGGACUAACGUUGACUACACCAUCGACCUUUUACAUGCUGCUGAUUACCGGGAAAACAAAAUUCACACUGGUUGGUUGGACAGUAGGAUUGCUAUGCGGGUCAGAGCUGAAAGGCCUCCAUGGUAUCUCUCUGUUGUUGGCGGGGCUCUCUAUAUUGAUGUAGUCCGGGGUGGAUCAGGAACCUACAGGCUAAGAAUGAACAACUCAGAAGUUGUAGCAGAAAUACACACUCUACGUGAUGGAGGUCUGUUGAUGCAGUUGGAUGGUAAAAGCCAUGUGAUAUAUGCAGAGGAGGAAGCUGCAGGAACUCGUCUUCUUAUUGACGGAAGAACUUGUUUACUACAGAAUGAUCACGAUCCUUCGAAGUUGAUGGCUGAGACACCAUGCAAGUUGCUGAGGUAUUUGGUUUCAGACAACAGCAAUAUUGACGCUGAUACGCCUUAUGCCGAAGUUGAGGUCAUGAAGAUGUGCAUGCCACUUCUUUCACCUGCUUCAGGAGUUAUCCAUUUCAAAAUGUCUGAAGGACAAGCCAUGCAGGCUGGUGAACUUAUAGCAAAGCUUGAUCUCGAUGAUCCUUCUGCUGUAAGAAAGGCUGAACCCUUCCAUGGAAGUUUUCCAAGAUUAGGGCUUCCAACCGCAAUUUCCGGCAAAGUUCAUCAGAGAUGUGCUGCAACUUUAAAUGCUGCUCGCAUGAUUCUUGCUGGCUAUGAGCAUAAAGUAGAUGAGGUUGUUCAAGACUUACUUAAUUGCCUUGAUAGCCCUGAACUGCCAUUUCUUCAGUGGCAAGAGUGCUUUGCAGUUCUGGCGACACGACUACCUAAAGAUCUCAGGAACAUGCUAGAAUCAAAGUAUAGGGAAUUUGAGAGUAUCUCCAGAAACUCCCUGACUGCCGAUUUCCCUGCCAAACCUUUAAAAGGCAUUCUUGAGGCACAUUUAUGUUCUUGUGAUGAUAAAGAGAGAGGUGCCCUAGAGAGGCUCAUUGAACCAUUGAUGAGCCUUGCAAAAUCUUAUGAAGGUGGAAGAGAAAGUCAUGCCCGUGUUAUUGUUCAUUCCCUCUUUGAAGAAUAUCUAUCAGUUGAAGAAUUAUUCAAUGAUAACAUGCUGGCUGAUGUUAUAGAACGCAUGCGUCAGCAAUAUAAGAAAGAUCUGUUGAAGAUUGUUGAUAUAGUGCUCUCACACCAGGGCAUAAAAAACAAAAACAAACUCGUUCUUCGGCUCAUGGAGCAACUUGUUUACCCUAAUCCUGCUGCGUAUAGGGAUAAACUUAUCCGAUUCUCAACACUUAACCAUACUAACUACUCUGAGCUGGCACUCAAGGCGAGUCAAUUGCUUGAACAGACCAAGCUAAGUGAACUUCGUUCAAACAUUGCGAGAAGCCUGUCAGAGUUAGAAAUGUUUACUGAGGAUGGAGAAAAUAUGGAUACUCCCAAGAGGAAAAGUGCCAUUAAUGAGAGGAUGGAAGAUCUUGUGAGCGCAUCUUUAGCUGUUGAAGAUGCUCUCGUGGGACUAUUUGACCACAGCGAUCACACACUUCAAAGACGAGUUGUUGAGACUUAUAUUCGCAGAUUAUAUCAGCCCUAUGUCGUUAAAGAAAGCGUGAGGAUGCAGUGGCACCGUUCUGGUCUUAUUGCUUCCUGGGAGUUCCUAGAGGAGCAUAUGGAAAGAAAAAACUUUGGCUUAGACGAUCAAGAGACAUCCGAAAAAGGAAUUCUUGAGAAACGUAGUAAGAGAAAAUGGGGGGCUAUGGUUAUAAUCAAAUCGCUACAGUUUCUGCCAAGUAUAAUAAGUGCAGCAUUGAGAGAAACAAACCACAACGACUAUGAAACUGCCGAAGCUUCUUUAUCUGGCAAUAUGAUGCACAUUGCUAUUGUGGGCAUCAACAAUCAGAUGAGUCUGCUUCAGGACAGUGGGGACGAGGACCAAGCUCAGGAAAGAGUAAACAAGCUGGCCAAAAUUCUUAAAGAGGAAGAAGUGAGUUCGAGCCUCUGUUCUGCCGGUGUUGGUGUAAUCAGCUGUAUAAUUCAGCGAGAUGAAGGCCGAACACCCAUGAGACAUUCUUUCCAUUGGUCAAUGGAUAAACAGUAUUAUGUAGAAGAGCCAUUGCUGCGACAUCUUGAACCUCCUCUGUCCAUAUAUCUUGAGUUGGAUAAGCUGAAAGGAUACUCAGAUAUACAAUAUACGCCUUCACGAGAUCGUCAGUGGCAUCUGUAUGCUGUUACAGACAAGCCAGUGCCAGUUAAGAGGAUGUUCCUGAGAUCUCUUGUUCGACAGGCUACAAUGAAUGACGGCUUUAUGUUGCAGCAAGGGCAGGAUAAGCAACAUAGCCAAACACUAUUCUCCAUGCCAUAUACCUCUAAAUGUGUUUUGAGGUCUUUGAUGGAUGCCAUGGAGGAACUGGAACUGAAUGCCCAUAAUGCUUCCAUGAAACCGGACCACGCACAUAUGUUCCUUUGCAUACUACGUGAGCAGCAGAUAGAUGAUCUUGUGCCUUACCCCAGGAGAGUUGAAGUGAAUGCGGAAGAUGAAGAAACUACAGUCGAGAUGAUCUUAGAAGAAGCAGCACGAGAUAUACAUAGAUCUGUUGGAGUGAGAAUGUAUAGGUUGGGCGUGUGCGAAUGGGAAGUGCGGUUGUGGUUGGUGUCCUCUGGACUGGCAAGUGGUGCUUGGAGGGUUGUGGUUGCAAACGUGACAGGCCGUACAUGCACUGUACAUAUAUACCGAGAAGUUGAAACUACUGGGAGAAACAGUUUAGUGUACCACUCAAUAGAUACUCUGAUCAAUGUUAAAGAGCUUGUAUUCUCAAACCCAGAAGGUUCUUCGGGUAUAUCUCUUAAUCAGGUUGAAAGACCACCGGGUCUCAAUGACUUUGGAAUGGUGGCUUGGUGCCUAGAUAUGUCGACUCCCGAGUUUCCUAUGGGACGAAAACUUCUGGUAAUCGCAAAUGAUGUCACCUUCAAAGCUGGUUCGUUUGGUCCUAGAGAGGAUGCAUUUUUCCUUGCUGUUACUGAACUCGCUUGUGCCAAGAAGCUUCCCUUGAUUUACUUGGCAGCAAAUUCUGGUGCGCGACUUGGGGUUGCUGAAGAAGUCAAAGCCUGCUUCAAAGUUGGAUGGUCAGAUGAAAUUUCCCCUGAGAAUGGUUUUCAGUAUAUAUACCUAAGCCCUGAAGACUACGAACGGAUUGGAUCAUCUGUCAUUGCCCACGAAAUGAAGCUCACCAGUGGGGAAACAAGGUGGGUAAUUGAUACGAUCGUUGGUAAAGAAGAUGGUAUUGGUGUAGAGAACUUAACAGGAAGUGGGGCAAUAGCGGGUGCUUACUCAAGGGCGUACAAUGAAACUUUUACUUUGACCUUUGUUAGUGGAAGAACGGUUGGAAUUGGUGCUUAUCUUGCCCGCCUGGGUAUGCGAUGCAUACAGAGACUUGACCAGCCGAUCAUCUUGACCGGCUUUUCUACGCUCAACAAGUUGCUUGGGCGUGAGGUCUAUAGCUCUCACAUGCAACUUGGUGGCCCUAAAAUUAUGGGCACUAAUGGUGUUGUUCAUCUUACAGUCUCAGAUGAUCUUGAAGGCGUAUCCGCAAUUCUCAACUGGCUGAGCUACAUUCCUGCUUACGUGGGUGGUCCUCUUCCUGUUCUUGCCCCUGUAGAUUCACCAGAGAGAACUGUGGAGUACGUCCCAGAGAAUUCUUGUGACCCACGAGCCGCUAUAGCUGGGAUUAACGACAAUACCGGUAAAUGGCUUGGCGGUAUCUUUGAUAAAAAUAGCUUUAUUGAGACUCUUGAAGGCUGGGCAAGGACGGUAGUGACUGGUAGAGCUAAGCUCGGGGGAAUACCCGUUGGAGUUGUUGCAGUUGAGACACAGACUGUAAUGCAGAUCAUCCCAGCAGAUCCUGGACAGCUUGACUCUCAUGAAAGAGUGGUUCCCCAAGCAGGGCAGGUCUGGUUUCCUGAUUCUGCAGCCAAGACAGCUCAAGCGCUCAUGGAUUUCAACCGGGAAGAGCUUCCCUUAUUUAUCCUUGCGAACUGGAGAGGAUUUUCAGGUGGGCAGAGAGAUCUUUUCGAAGGAAUACUUCAGGCUGGUUCAACUAUAGUAGAAAAUCUGAGAACAUAUCGGCAGCCAGUGUUUGUGUACAUCCCAAUGAUGGGAGAGCUGCGUGGUGGAGCGUGGGUUGUUGUUGACAGCCAAAUAAAUUCGGAUUAUGUUGAAAUGUAUGCUGAUGAAACUGCUCGUGGAAAUGUGCUUGAGCCAGAAGGGACGAUAGAGAUAAAAUUUAGAACGAAAGAGCUGUUAGAGUGCAUGGGAAGGUUGGACCAGAAGCUAAUCAGUCUCAAAGCAAAACUGCAAGAUGCCAAGCAAAGCGAGGCUUAUGCGAACAUCGAGCUUCUCCAGCAACAGAUUAAAGCCCGAGAGAAACAGCUUUUACCAGUUUAUAUCCAAAUUGCCACCAAAUUUGCGGAACUUCAUGACACUUCCAUGAGAAUGGCUGCGAAAGGAGUGAUCAAAAGUGUUGUUGAAUGGAGCGGCUCGCGGUCCUUUUUCUAUAAAAAACUCAAUAGGAGAAUUGCUGAGAGCUCUCUUGUGAAAAACGUACGGGAAGCGUCUGGAGACAACUUACCAUAUAAAUCUGCAAUGGGUUUAAUUCAGGAUUGGUUCUGCAAUUCAGAUAUUGCCAAGGGGAAAGAAGAUGCUUGGACAGAUGACCAAGCGUUUUUUACAUGGAAGGACGAUGUUAGUAACUACGAAUUGAGGCUGAGCGAGUUGAGAGCGCAGAAACUGCUGAAUCAACUUGCAGAGAUUGGGAAUUCGUCGGAUCUGCAAGCUCUACCUCAGGGUCUUGCUAAUCUUCUAAACAAGGUGGAUCCUUCAAAAAGAGAAGAGCUGGUGGAUGCGCUACGAAAAGUGUUGGGUUAAUAUCAAAGAGGUUUAGCUUCUGUUCCAAGAAAGAUGGACAUUUAGAGUUGCGGUUGAAGUUAUUAUAUUUGCUGUAAAUGUUGUUGUAGCAUUUGUCAUUCCCGUAUAAGCGAAUUACGCAAUAAUUCAUUCAACAUGUCACUAUUGUUCCUAAA